AUGUCUAAUUUCAAGAGUUAUCGUGCUUGUUUCGUUCCGUUAUGUAGUAAUAACAACUCCCAAAAAUAUGUUUUUAAUGUGCCUCGAGACCCUAAACGUCGGAGUCAAUGCUUUCAGCGAGCAUACCGUCGUAACCCUACAACAUUGAAAUAUUUUUGUUGUGAAGAUCAUUUUGAUUUUAAAGAAGAUGUGGAAAAUUAUUUUUAUUAUACUUUGAGGGGAGGCAGAGCAAAGAUUAAAGUUGAUAUAGUACCACACAAGUUUAAUUAUCAACCUAACCGCAAAAGAUAA